AAACCUGGGUAAGCCAGCCCUCGAUCACACGGAAGGGCUUUCACCAGCAGCCCCAGCACACACACACACAUACACAUACAGACUCAGCACCACUCCCCUCACACAUACAGCAAAGAGUGGAGGCAGCAGGCAGGAUUUCUGUGUCAUCAUCACCAGCACCAGCGAUUCACAAUGAGACUCUGUGUGAGCACCAAGGGAAGGACCAACACAGGUAGACAACUCCCUCAGACAACUCACUCAACAGGUCAAACUUAACCAACCUGACCUAUGACCUCUGCCCAGAAAAAUAGAUGCACUCCCACUAACCAUUUGUAACACAAAAACACAUGAGAGGGAGCGAACACAGCAGACAUGAAAAAGAUAUAUAUCGGCAAAACGGCCCUAAAAGUCUCCCGAAAUGGCAGUAAACAUCAGAAAAAGAGCUCUUUGCAGGAACAGAAAGAGGACCUCCGGAAGCGUCUGUCCUACACCACCCACAAGCUGGAGCUGCUAGAGAGCGAGUUUGACUCCACCCGACAGUACCUGGAGACAGAGCUACGCCGUGCUCAGGAGGAACUCGACAAGUUCACCGACAAACUACGCAGAAUACAAAGCAGCUACUCAGCACUGCAGAGGAUCAACCAGGACCUGGAGGAUAAGAUCCAAAGAAAUUCUCAGCACCAUGACAACGAGAAGAGAGCCCUGAGCAGAGAGAUCAUCGUGCUCAACAACCACCUGAUGGAGGCCAAGCUGACCAUUGAAAAACUACAAGAGGACAAUGACCUGUACAGGAAGGACUGUAACCUGGCCGCCCAGCUGCUCCAGUGCAACAAGUCCCAUUAUAGGACCCAGCUUUCUGAGUUACCUGCUGAAUUCCAGGAACGAGUGACCAUGCACAUGGAUGGCUCACCUCUUUGCCACACCGUCUACACUGACUCCGUCCCCGCCUCCGUCAUCGCCAAGGUAUUGGAGAAGCCCGACGAGGCCUGCAGCGGCAGCCAAGCUUCCAGUUCGCCUAGCCCCCAGCACCAGGACCAAGGCUUCCUCCUGGACACCCUGGACAGAGACGAGCGCCUGGGCCUCCGGGCAGCAUACAAGUCAGACCUGUACAGCAGUGACACAGCCCUCUAUUGCCCGGUCGAUCAGAACCGCGAACGCAGGCCAAGCAUGGACGUCCACAGCCAGAGGAAGCUGCUCUACGGCCCCAAGAUCUCCACGGACAGUAACCCAGAGGAGGGUACCUUGUUGGGGCUGAGGUCUGGCUUCUCCCAGGAGUGCUUCGCCAAGUUCCCCACCUCUCUGGGCCCCGCCUCAGGCAGCUCCUACUCCAGCUUCAGCGGAGGGGGCUCAGAUGACAACAAAGGCAAUGGCCCUCCCAGCAGCACAGCCUCCUCUCCCCACCACCACUCCCUCUACAUGGACUGGAGGGAUGGGGGAGACUAUGAGAGGAAGAGCGACUCCUCCUGGGAGAAGGACAGUCCUAGCGGUGGAGGCUUCGCCAAGGUCCACGCUGUCUUCCAGCAGGCCGGCGAUCAUGGUGGAGCACACCACCAGAACGGCAGCUCACCCGUCUACAGCCGCACCAUGUCCUCGUGCUUCAGCGAGCCCUACGAACCCCUCCCUCCCUCCUCCUCACCAAGCGUUGCCUACGGAGACAGCCGCCGCAGCAGCACACUGGCACCAGAGGAGGAGGAGCCGAUUGGCCGCUGGAGACAGCUGAGCGCGGAGGAUCUAAACUCCCACUCGUACUGCUCGCCCGGUCGGGCCUCGCCCUACAGCUUCUCUGAGCAGCACUUCUCAGUUCGGCCUGCCAAGAUCCGCCUUGGACCCCUCUACAGCAGCUUCCAGGAGGGGCCCGACUACUACCAGGGAGGGGUAGGACCCAUCAUGGACCCCCCGGUGUGCUUCUCCACGCCCAGCCCCGAGUGCAGCCCUGUGGGGGGCCUCCGUCAGUCCCAUCAGUCCCACAACCAGCAGGCCCACCAGACCCAUCUCUACCGGGCCAAGGAGGACAACCAGGAGUCGGAGCACAUCCUUUACCACUCAGGGAGCCCCGAAAACAGGGAGGGCAGCUUUGAUGUGGCGGGGGCUGGGGGAGGAUGUGGAGGAGCGGGACAGACCAACGAGUACGUGGACAUCAGCCCCAACAGCUCCAAUGAGUCCCUAAACCAGAGGUCCCUGGAGAUGGCUGCCGAACUGCAGCAGCACUACCAGUCCGAGAUGCAGCCCCCUUCGCCCCCCCAGGGCAGUCCACCACCGCCCCCGCCACCACCUUGUCCCCCUCCACCGCAGUAUCACAAUUUUGGCACAUUGGGACUUUCGAGAAAGGACAGUCUCACCAAAGCCCAGCUGUAUGGAACACUUCUGAACUGAGAGAAGAAGGUAUUCUGACUUACUGGUCUCUCUCUUUUUAUCCAUCUCUUUCCCUGGUGGGAUGUGAGGUAAGAAGUCUUGGUGAAUCUAGCAAAACAUAUUGAUUAGUGUGAGGCUAGCCAGUUGUUCAGUUUAAGGACAUCCAUUUUGAAAGGACAGUUGGAAGAUACAGUAAUUAAGCAUGAAUUUAUCAGAUUGUUGCCACAGCUGUGAAAAACUGACAAACUAGUGGUUCGCAUCACUACAACGAAUGUGUAAGUUUGUCUGGGUCAGGUGAAUUGACAAUUCAUUACUGUCCCAAAUGAGUGGGGACUAUAGGAAAAUACUUUGCUACCUUUGGUACAUUUGGUACAUAAAAUUGUCUUUGGAGGUACCAGAGACCAAUUGUUCCAUGUGCUGUACACAAAGCACAGUGAGCUUGUAGACAAAGGAAACAUUUAAAGUAACUGUUGAAAUAUAUUAAUAUUUUAAUUACAACAUCAAAAAUGUAAUAGAAAUGACUACAAUUCAAUCAGGUGUGGGCAGCAACACAUUGUAAAUAUGUCUGGUUAAGAGCAUCUGCCAAUCAAAGAGAGAUACUUGGGGCUCUAUUCAAUCUUUAAAGAUUCCGCCAUAGAAAUGUAAAAGUGAAUUCCGAUUGACCCGACAUAUGCAGCGUUUAGCGUCAAUGCAGCCUCCCUUAAAGAGAGAACAUUGCCUUUAAAUUUCAAUCACGCUUUAAAGCUGAACUUCCGCAAUGUGAAUUGAAUAGAGUCCUUAGAAUGUUGAAGAUUCAGAGGACUGUCUAAACUACAAUUAUAGAUUUGUUUAUUGUCAAUCACAGGCUGAAAACUGUGCUGCAUUUAUGCAGAGUAAAAUAUGUAUGACCAAUGGGGUAUCCUGGUAAACGUUGCAGUACUAUACAGUAAAGGUCCUGGAGAAUGGGUUAAAGUUGUAGAACUAUACUAUCCUGGAGAAUGGGUUAAAGUUGCAGCACUAUACAGUAAAGGUCCUGGGGAAUGGGUUAAAGUUGCAGUACUAUACUGUAAAGGGCCUGGGGAAUGGGUUAAAGUUGCAGUACUAUACUGUAAAGGUCCUGGGGAAUGGGUUAAAGUUGCAGCACUAUACUGUAAAGGGCCUGGGGAAUGGGUUAAAGUUGCAGCACUAUACAGUAAAGGGCCUGGGGAAUGGGUUAAAGUUGCAGCACUAUACUGUAAAGGGCCUGAGGAAUGGGUUAAAGUUGCAGUACUAUACUGUAAAGGUCCUGGGGAAUGGGUUAAAGUUGCAGCACUAUACUGUAAAGGGCAUGGGGAAUGGGUUAAAGUUGCAGCACUAUACAGUAAAGGGCCUGGGGAAUGGGUUAAAGUUGCAGUACUAUACUGUAAAGGUCCUGGGGAAUGGGUUAAAGUUGCAGCACUAUACAGUAAAGGUCCUAGGGAAUGGGUUAAGUUGCAGCACUAUACAGUAAAGGGCCUGGGGAAUGGGUUAAAGUUGCAGCACUAUACAGUAAAGGGCCUGGAGAAUGGGUUCAAGUUGCAGCACUAUACAGUAAAGGUCCUAGGGAAUGGGUUAAGUUGCAGAACUAUACAGUAAAGGGCCUGGGGAAUGGGUUAAAGUUGCAGUACUAUACUGUAAAGGGCCUGGAGAAUGGGUUCAAGUUGCAGCACUAUACAGUAAAGGUCCUGGGGAAUGGGUUAAAGUUGCAGCACUAUACUGUAAAGGACCUGGGGAAUGGGUUAAAGUUGCAGCACUAUACAGUAAAGGUCCUGGGGAAUGGGUUAAAGUUGCAGCACUAUACAGUAAAGGGCCUGGGGAAUGGGUUAAAGUUGCAGCACUAUACUGUAAAGGGCCUGGGGAAUGGGUUAAAGUUGCAGCACUAUACUGUAAAGGGCCUGGGGAAUGGGUUAAAGUUGCAGCACUAUACUGUAAAGGGCCUGGGGAAUGGGUUAAAGUUGCAGUACUAUACUGUAAAGGGCCUGGGGAAUGGGUUAAAGUUGCAGCACUAUACUGUAAAGGGCCUGGGGAAUGGGUUAAAGUUGCAGUACUAGGUGUUUUUACAAAAAUAUAUAGAUGCCCCUAGGCUGAAUCCAUUUCAGUGCAGCUCUGUCCACUCAUUCAGUUUUUGCUUUGACAUGAUUUUAAAAUACCCAGAGCACUUAAAGAGACCGUUUAAUGUAAGUAUUAUUUUGUAAACAAUGGACUUCUUUUGAGAUGUAAACAUUUGUCCUACCCGUUGAUACUAUUUUUUUCUCUAUAACCUUUGGAUAAGUUUUCCUGUCCCACUCUACCUCAGAUUCUCAUUCUCACACCCCCCCAUAAAGCAACUGCAUGCUUGUUACUAUCACAUCAUUAUGCAUGUUUCUAUAUUUCUGUUGUGUUUCCUUUAACCUAAUAAAGCACAAACUACGCAUUUUGAUGCGCCAA